GAGACCCCGCCCUCCUCGUAAGCUAUCUCUGAUGAUUUUUUUAGACUUUGACUAGCAACACUCUUUCCUUCUUGUUGGUUGCUCUCUUCUUUGACCUGGUUGUUCGGUAUCCCCAACUCUUCAUCUCCUUCCCCCUCUCCUAUCAGCGGGCCUGCCAUGAGGGGGAGAAAAGAAGCUCUGAUCCCGUCUAUCUCCUUGUCUCACUCCCUCAUCUUUGACCUUUCCUUCCUUCUCUUCUUGGCUGCUAUUACAGCUGCUCUUGACAAUAGUCAAAUAAAAGAUUGUGGCAUCACGUCAUCUCUGAAAGCUGAUCCGCAUCCUGAGUUUGCUGAGACGUCUAAUAGUUUGCAGGCUCAGUGGGUCAGCCAAGAUGUUAUUUUAGUAAUUGGUAGCAGUUUAUCUGGUCCUAAUCCAACUAACGUUUGGUUGGGUUCCCGCUCAUCUAAAACUGGUCUGUAUCACUUUGCUAAGCACAAUGGUAUUAAUGAAGCAGUUAACACACAAUCAUUACAGAUAUCACGCAAUGGGUUUAACACAGCUGUCGUAGUAGCCGAGUCACAGAAGACCCUUUACGUUAGUACUAAUGGAGGAAUGGAUUGGUCUAAUCAUAAUCUUCCCGAGUCUUCCUUUAAUCCUUUAACUGACCUCAUGCUCAGUCCUGUUAAUCCGUCCCACAUGAGUCUGAGGACCAACAAAGGAAACCUAUACUUCUCAUACAAUCAUGGUAAAUCAUGGAAUCGUAUUGGUAAACACGUCCAGCAGGCCACGUUUGUCAACACGACCUCAGAAAACGAGUUCCUUUUCUUCUCCACUAGUUCUCUUAUACCAAAAAUAUUUCCGCUUUAUCGUUAUGACGUGCGGACAAAGAAAAACAAAGAGAUUGACCAGGCUGCCUAUAGAUAUUCCGUUGAUAACAAUUACUUAUAUGUAUCAAGACAGAAUUACACUGGAAGUGCUUCCGACAGCCGUACAAGACGGUUCUACGUGUCGACAGACUUUGACAGAGAUCGUGUGACGUUUAGAGAAGUUCAGCUGCCUGCCGCUGAAUGGGAAGAUUUUGUGUCUGUAAUGGCUACUCAUGAGACUGGAGCCUUCAUACAUAUAUCAAAAGCAAAAGAUAAAGAAAAGGGCCAGUUGUUUGUUUCUGAUAAAAGUGGAGCAAUUUUUACUCUGUCACUUGACAAUCACAUGCUUCAACGUGUCUCAAUAGCUUACGUUAGUAUCCUUGCCUUUGAUGACUUCUAUGAAGUUAAGUCAAUGAGGGGAGUCUACAUAUCAACUGUUGUUGAAUCAGGGAAUCAUUAUUCCGUCAUAACGUUUAACAAUGGAGCCAGCUGGCAGAGGAUCAGUCCACCACCUGGCACUAAUUGUUUGUUGUCAAGUGGUUGCUCAUUGCAUCUUCACAUGUCCUACUCACAGGCGGUUAAUGCUAGUUUUAAAAAUGGACCAUUGUCAGUCUCCAGUGCUGUAGGAGUCAUCAUAGCUCAGGGAUCUAUUGGAAAAACAAGAAGUUACAAUCCGUCUGAUUCGAGAGUUUUUAUAUCAGACGAUGGAGGGUAUACAUGGAAGAUGCAUAGCAAUUUGACUGGUACCUAUUCCUAUGGGAUUGCUAAUCAUGGAAACAUCAUUGCUGCAGUCCCUGAUCACCAAUUCUCCAGGACGAUAUGGUUUUCUCAUGACAGAGGGGAUUGUUUCAAACCCGAGGAUAUUGACACCACGGGGUCCUUUAAAGUUACCAAAGGACUCCUAAUGGAUCCACUGGGUCUGGGAAUGUUUGCUUUCGCACUGGGUCUGGAAGGAACGGACAUUAAUGACAUGUGGAGACUAAUAGCUAUUGACUUUCAUUCCAUACUGGAUUCACCAUGCCACAGUCAGGACUAUAUGCUGGUGACUGAGCACAAUAUAUCAUCAACCUGUAUUCUCGGAUACAAGAAACAAUUUCACAUCACUAAACCAACAUCAUUCUGUUACAAUGAUGCUGGUUAUAUUCCUGAGAGUAAAGUGAUACGUUGUAACUGUACCUAUACUGACAUGGAAUGUGAUUAUGGGUACAUUAUGAAUCAAAGUACAAAUAAAUGUCUACCAAUCAGUGGAUUCAACUUAUCAUCAGUCUGUCCACCUGGUCACGAUACGUAUCAACAAAGUAUCCACGGGUACAGACUGAUAGCAGGUGAUAAGUGUCUACCAAACGACCAAUCAAAGGAGCUGCUGAAGACCAAGUUAAUCCAGUGUACUGGGCACGAAGCUCCUGGGGGAUAUGUCAUUUCAACAGGAUCUCCAGCAGCAAUGAAAGUGGUUGGUGUGUUAAUAUUUGUCAUUAGUGUUCUCUUAGCUGGUGCUUGUGCUAUUUAUUGUUAUGUCCAUUGCAAGUCAAAAUCACGCAACAAAUUUCAUGAUAGAGUCGUAUAUAAGAGAGUUCCCUUGAAGGAGCCUGGAGUGUCUUCAGGCGGUGAACCGAGUUCUUCGAGUGAUGAUGACUUACUUAAUUAAGACUAAUACAGUAUUAUUAAUAAUAAUAAUAAUAAUAAUAAUAAUAGUAAUCAUGAUUAAUUAUUUUUAAUAGCUUUUAAUAGCAUUCUGUUGAUAAUAAAGUUACAUUUGUUGUUUUCUGUGUAAA